AUGGCUUCAUUAUCUGAGCAAAAAUAUAUUACAUUAAGAAAACGUCUUGAUCAAUUUGGUUUUAAACAACCAUUAGCUAUUGAAUCAUUACCAUUGGUGGAAAAACUUUUUCAAGCUUUUAUUCAAACAACUGAAGAGCUUAAAAAAGCUAAAGAAAAUCCACCAUUGUCUGCUCCUUUGCCUUCAACAAAUGCAAAUACAUCAACAACAAUUUCCUCAGCUCAUCCAUAUAAAAAUGAUAAUGCUCGACUUGUUAAAGAAAAUAAUGAUCUACAUUUAGAAUUACUUAAAUGUCGUGAACAACUUGAUCAUCAUGUUAAAGAAUUUAAGAGUCAAUUAAGAAAAUUAGAACAUGAAAAUGCUGACUUACGUUUUUUAAAUACUCAAUAUAUUCAUCGAUUACGUUCAUUAGAAAAAGAAUCUCGUCAAAAAGAUAAUAAAAUAUUAGAAUUACAAGAGAAAAAUUUUCAAGCUGUUGUUCAAACACCAGGGGGAAAUAAACAUACAAUACCAUUUCGUCGUCAACGAUUAGAUAUUGAUGAAAUGUUACCUGAAUCAUCAUCAUCACAACGAACAAUAGCUCAACAAUUACCCUAUGUUGAUGAUCCAUAUAUUAUUGAUAUUGUUAAAGUUACUGAAGAUCGUGUCGCUGAAUUAGAAUUAGAAUUACAACAACAAAAGAAAUAUACAGAUGAGGUUGAAACAAAAAUGGCCAAUCUUAAAUAUCAGACACUUCAUCAAGAACUUGAACAUGUUAUUGAUGAUAAAGAAAAUCUCAAAUUACAAGUACAAGAAUAUAUUAAAGAAGUAGCCAAAUGUGAAAAUGUUAUUACACAAAAAGAAAAUGAUCGAACAACCUUAUUCGAACAAUAUCGUGAAGCAACAAAUGAAUUAAGUCACGCAAAAUUAACUCUAGCCGACAUCGAAUCUCAAGCAGCUAAUCUUAAACAAGAACUAUUAAUAAAAUCAUCUGAUAUGAAACGAUUAGCCGAACGUAUUGAAUAUCUUGAACGAGAACUUCAACAACACUUAUCUGUUAGUCAAGAAUAUGAACUUCAAUUAUCAAAUAUGAAUCGUUCAUUACAACGUAACGAAGAAAUAAUAAGAAAACUACAAAUCGAUAAACAAAAUUAUGCCUGUGAAAUAACAAAUGUUCGUGACCUUAAUGCAACAGUUGAAACAAAAAAAGAACAAAUCAUUCGACAAUUAACUGCAAAAGAAAUUGAUAACGAACAAUUGCAAGGUGCUAUAAGUGAUAUGAAGAUUGAAAUUGAUAUGUUACAUACGCAACUAACUAACGAAAAAGCUAUGGUACAUAAUUUAGAAGAAAUUAUUGGUUCAUCAAGAGAAAAAGAAUUUCAAUCACAAAUACAAGCACAAGAAAAAGAUUCAGAAUUACACUUAAUAAAAGAUCGAGCAAAUAUGAAUGAUCUUAAAGUACAAAGUCAAAGUAAAGAAAUAGCUGCAUUAAGAGCACAAAUUAUUGGAUUAGAAACAGAUAAUGAUCGACUUAAACGACAAUUAACAAGCGAAAGAUUUGAACGUGAAAAAGCAGCUCAGGACUUAAGAAAAUUAUCUGAUCUUACAUCACAUAUUGACUAUGAUUCACGAUAUCGUACGACAUCAACUGUUACAACGACAAAUACUCAUCGAUCACCAACAAGAAACUAUUCUCCAUCACGUUCUGAAAUUGCACAAACAUCACCGACUAAAAUCUCCGUAUCGCUGAAAGUUUCUGAACUUGAUAAAAGUCGUGAAACAUCACACGAGACUGACAAUACUAUCAACAUCAAUGGCAACAAUUCUAAUGAUGAUAUAGUGGGUUAUCAUCUUGAAUUGAUUUUUCUUGCUCUUUUCUUUUCUUGA